UUACGUAAUAACAAACAUCUGUCAAACUCAUACGGAUUUUGUGCAGAAAAAGUUCCUGGCCGUGCAAGACCAGUGGAAAAAAUCGUUUUUCUCCUAUAUUUUGUCGCGUAAUCCGAACCGAUAAUGUCGGCCGUGAAAAUCUUCUCCUUGGCCAGACAGACCAGCCGCAUCGUUCGUCCGGCCGGAACGUUGGCCAGUCGCUCGUACACCAGUGCGGCCAAGGCCACCAGCAUCAAGCCGCAGGAAUUCUAUUAUGUAAACAACACGGACCCGAGCAUGGAGAUGACGGACAUUACGGACCGUGCCGCACAGACCAUUUUCUGGACGGAAUUGUUCCGCGGAGCCGCUGUUACACUGGCCCAUAUCUUCAAGGAACCGGCCACUAUCAAUUACCCGUUCGAAAAGGGACCGUUAAGCCCUCGGUUCCGUGGUGAGCAUGCCCUGCGCCGCUACCCCAGUGGUGAGGAGCGCUGCAUUGCCUGUAAGCUGUGCGAGGCGAUCUGUCCGGCGCAAGCCAUCACCAUCGAGGCAGAAGAGCGGGCCGAUGGAAGCCGUAGGACCACCCGGUAUGACAUCGAUAUGACCAAAUGUAUCUACUGUGGGUUCUGUCAGGAAGCUUGUCCUGUUGAUGCCAUCGUGGAAGGUCCGAACUUUGAGUUCUCCACCGAGACGCACGAGGAGCUGUUGUAUAACAAGGAAAAGUUGCUGUGCAAUGGCGACAAAUGGGAAUCGGAAAUUGCGUCGAACAUCAAUGCCGACUAUCUGUACCGUUGAACGCAAAAGGGUCGGCCGGUACCGAUGGUUUGUACAUUAUUUUGGUGCAGCACUUUAGAAAGCAAAAUUUAAACUAAAAAUAUACGAAAACAGUUAAUGCUUG